AUUUCAGGGUGGGCUGUUUGCUGACUACGACGGAAAAUAAUGUCUACAGGAUUCCAGUUUGGCUUACCAAGCACGACUUCCUCAGGUGGAAGCACUGGGUUUUCCUUUGGCACCACCGGUUUUGGCUCUUCAACAGGUUCUGCCCAAACCACAGCAACUUCUCUGCCGGGUCUGUCAACGGCUGCUUCAGGUUCCAGCGUAUUUCCUUCACUCGGUUUGAGUUUAUCUAGCCCUUUUGCGUCGGCCAGCACUACAACAUCUGUGCCUCAAACCACAGCGGCGUCGCUUGGCCUUAGUUUUCAAACGACAAAACCUGGUUUGGUAUUUGGUACAGCAGCCACGCAACCUUCUACCUCCGGUUCGUCCACACCAACAAGCUUUAUGUUCGGUGCGCCCGUUUCUCAACAAGCGAGUUUGGCGGCACCUGUCUCAACACAAGGCGCCUCAACGGCUGCAGGUAGUCUUGGUGGAUUUUCUUUUGGUUUGCAAACGGCGAAGACUCCUGGAUUCGGUCAGUCCACAUCUGUAUCUUCAGCUUUGCCGUCGUUUGGAGCGUCUAGUUUUAUCCACUCGGGAACUACCACUAGUGCACCCUUGCCAUCUUUCGGUGCUCUCUCAGGCACCACUUCCACCGUUACUGGACUUUCAUCUACACCAUCCCAAGCGCCCCUUGGAAUAUUUUCCCAACCGUCAACCUCUGCCUCGUCUUUAUUCAAGGCAGUAACUUCGACUGUUCCUGCUGUUCCUUCCGCUCCUAUCACUUCGGUUGGCUCUAUUUCCCAGACGUUGGCUGGUUCAGUAACACAAGCAUCUACUAGCUCUGUUAGCCUGGGUUUCACUUUGCCAUCGGCCAUACCCUCCACGACUGAUGCAUCCAAACCAGCUAUUGGUCCUUUGUUCGGGAAGACAGAAGCGUCUGCCUUGAAAAUAACCCCGACUACUAGUACUACUCUGGCUCCUGUCCCUACGGUUGGCGGAACUAGCGUCCUUGGCCUACCCACAGUUAGCUCUACGACAACGGCGACGACAUCGGCACCUACUUCGCAGACUACAACCAGUGUUGCGUCAGUGACUAAACCGUCUACACUGACUUUCCACCAACUUGAAGAACUUGUUAACAAGUGGGCACAUGAACUCGAAGAUCAGGAACGAUAUUUUAUGGAUGAAGCGGAACGAAUCAGUCAAUGGGAUCAAGCGCUGAUGAGUAACGGAGAAAAAAUUACAACGCUGUACGAAAAAGUCGACGCAUGCAAGCAGGAACAAGCACAGUUAGAACAGGAGCUUGAUUUCAUAGACGGUCACCAAAAGGAGCUUGAAAAGCUCCUAGAAACGCUUGAACGGACUGCGGAGGAACUUCCUCCGGGCCAACUUCACUCAGACUUUGAAAGAGAAUCCAUAUUCCAGUUGGCAACCAACGUAGAUUUAGAACUGGGACAACUUUUGUCUGACUUGCGAGAAAUGGCAGAUCAAGUCAACUCAGCCACAUCCAAAGUUUCGGGCGGAGCAGCCUUGGCUAGGAAUACACAUGAUGUGAAGGCUAAAGACGGUGGACUGUCGAAAAUUCUUGGUGGUGCAGGUCAACCUGAAGAGGGAAUUGGGGCCAUGCAUCAAGUCACACGAAUUUUGAACUGCCAUAUGCACUCACUAAAUUGGAUUCACCAGAACACACAUGAGUCCCAAGAUGUGGGAGCCGUAGCUAGUUUCGCCGCUGGACCGGAAAUGCGAGCUUGGACUUAUCUCACUGUCAUGAUGAAUUCAGAUAGAUUAUCGGAAUCCAAGCCAGCUCCCCUCCCCACACAAGCCUCUCGUCGACUACAUUGUCAUCAGUCCGCUGUUCGAGCUGCUCGGUUCAACUCAGACGGGCAAUACUGCGUCACUGCCGGUGGGGAUAAAACUAUCAAGCUAUGGAACCCUUACAAGGACCGUUUGUUGAAGACGUACACAGGUCAUGGUGGCGAAGUGUCAGAUGCUCAGUUGCCGGUAUCUUUUCGUACAAGUAAUGUUUGUAAAGUUCGUAAAACCGUGGUGUAUAUCGUAUCACCUAACCCUAAUCUCACCACCUUCCCUGAACAGGCCAAUUCGGACAACAGCCAGCUUGGAUCAGGUGGUGCUGAUUGCCUCGUUGUUCUCUGGGACGUGGGUACCGGACAAUCUGUUCGACGCUGGCGUCGGCAUGCGGGACGCGUGAACGCAGUCAGGUUUGCCGCACCGUUUCAGCAUUCGGAAUCUAGCCUCCCCAGUCCGAUCCUUAUCUCUGCUGGAGUGGACGGUAUGGUAUUAGUGUGGGAUGCCCGAGCCAAAACUCCCUACCCCGUUCAGACGAUGCACGAGGCCAAGGAUAGCGUAACAUGUGUCGCUUUUUCUCGUUGGCAAAUCAUUACGGGUUCCGUCGACAAGUGCGUCCGCAUUUAUGACAUUCGUCGAGGUGAAAUGACGGAGGAUUAUGUUGGCUAUCCAGUCACGUCGGUUUCAAUGACAAUGGAUUGUCAAUGUCUUUUGGUCGGUACUCAAGACUCUACUCUACGUUUGUUUGACGCCCUCAACGGGGAGCUUCUUAACAAAUAUACAGGACAUGUGAAUAAGACAUACCGAAUGGACAGUGUCUUGAUGAACAACGACGCUCACGUUGCCAGUGGUUCUGAAGCGCACAGUUUGGUGUACAUUUGGGAUUUCGUACGGUCCAAUUACCCGCUGCUUACCUUGGAUCACAGUCCUGGCGGACCAAUGUGGGGCGGUCUGUCCAGUGACGAUGAGCCUGUUAGCCAGUUAGCGAUCGAAGCGGCGAAGUCGGCAAAUUUCCUUAUCCACUCCCUCUCACCGCACCCUACUCAGAGCAGACUUUUGACAGCCGGUGGUGAUUUUGUGUGGUUGUGGGACGCAGAACCCGACGUGUGUGAAGAUGUUGAUGUCGAUUGAUUCCAUCAAAUCCGUUUUCAUGUACAGCUUUCGCGAAGAAUGUCUUAUUUUGAUCCUGC